AUGUGUCAAGGAAGCGUGGGUGGUAAAUGCAAUGCUGGAUGGCAGCCGUUAAAAAUUAAAAGUAAACCGGGUUAUCGUGAGGGUCGUGAAAUAUGGACAAAUCGAAAUGAGGUACAGAGUACGAGUACUAUUUUGGGGAAAAAGGGGUGGGUGGGAUGGAUGGAUGAAUGGGUGAGUGAGUAG